AAUAACUCCACUAUGCUUCUCUCUCUGCAAUUACUCUUUGAGAGCUUCUCUCUCUAGAAUAUUGAGUAUUGCUAACUUGAGCGUCGGAGUAUUUUCCCUGGGGAAACAUUCUUGGGAUUUUCAGGUGUUGAAGCAGUUGAAAAUCUCUACAGUAUAGGUUCAUGAAGUUGCCCAAACAUUUGGCGCCAUUUGUGGGAACCUAAACAAAAAGUGGUGUAGCUUAACUAGCUGAAGUUAAAGAUGGUACAUACCUUUACUGGGAAUCGCCCUCCAAGAGAUGACAUGGACAAACAGGAUAAUACUCAGCUUUUGGAGAGUGACCUAAAUGACUUUCGGCCAAUGCUGAGGAACCUUUUUGUCGGAGGAGUAGAACAAGAACAGUUGAAUAGCUUAGAUGACGAACGGACACCUACUGGAGGGCCCGUGGAAUGUACUCAGACAUCCAAGUUGGAGGAACGGACCAAGGUCCUAGAAAUGGCUUUGGGAAGAAUACUUUCCUGUUUAAUCUCUGAUGACCCCUUGAUCCCCCUGUUGAAUAAGGGUGAACAGCCUGCAGAAAUUGCAACUCGUAAUUCCCCAGCUUUGAGAAACAUAAUAGUGCCGACCAGGCUGAGAGGAAGUGGGAAGUCAAAUCAUGAGCCCAACUCAUCAAAGCACAAUGAAGAGUUGAUGAGGAAGAAUGCUAACCUCGAAAGGCAACUCAAAGAUGUGCAGGGAUCUAUUGACGAGCUGAAAAGUUUGAGGUCGUGCCAACAAGCCUUGGAUUUGGAUAGUGCCCCUCUCAACCUAUCCAUUACAGCAGAACCAUAUCAAGAGGGAUUCAAGAUUCCUCACUUAGAAGCGUACAAUGGCUCUGGUGACCCAGACGAACAUUUACAUUCCAUAACUUCUUACUCUCAGCUUGCUACUCUGUUCUCUAACAAGUUUGGGAGCCAACGGGAAAUAGAGUGCACUACUACCGAGCUGAUGCAAGUUCAUCAGAAAGAAGGGGAGACCUUAAGGGACUACAUGCAACGGUUCAAUAAGGCCACCCUGGACAUUGACAAUGUCCCUGACACCAUCUGCUUGUCUGCCUUGUUGCACGGCCUCAAGCCUGGUCGAUUCUUGGAUGACCUGUUGGAAAAUCCACCAAAGUCAUGGAACGAGGGGAUAGGAGUGCUCAAAGGGAAUCAAAAAAUGGCUAGAACCUAUCACCAAGAUACAUUCAAAAAGGUUGAGCUUGUAGUAGUGCACAAGGCCCUUGUUUCUCAGAAGCCUAAUGGCAAGUGGAGAAUGUGCAUUGAUUUUACAAACCUGAACGAGGCAUGUCCCAAAGACCCACACCCUUUGCCCAAUGUUGAAAAGCUGGUAGAGUGGGCAGCUGGUUAUGAAUGCAUAAGCUUUUUAGAUGCUAGCUCAGGAUACCAUCAAGUUCAGCUAUGGUUGGAUGAUCAAGAGAAAACGGCAUUUUAUGCGGGGGAUGCCAUCUAUUGUUACGUCAUGAUGCCGUUUGGCUUGAAAAUUGUUGGUGCAACAUAUCAGAAGUUAGUUCAGGUCGUAUUUAAGUUUCAGAUCAGUAAGAACAUUGAAGUUUAUGUUGAUGAUAUGAUUGUCACCAGAAAAUUCUUGGGAUACGUGGUAUCCAAGAAAGGAAUUCAGGUGAAUCCAAACAAGGUUCAGGCCGUGCAACAGAUGGAACCUCCUAAGACAGUAAAAGAUGUGCAGCGUCUGACAGGUCGUCUUGUUGCUUUACACAGGUUGAAAUCUGGCUUUGUCUUGUUUCAGAUUGACAAGAUAUUAAGGCACAAGGCGGCACAUUUUACCUUGAUUGAGGAUCAGUUAAAUAAACGAGUAGCUUCAAUGCCCCUACUAUGUUGCCCCACUCUUUAUGAAGUUGAGUAUGUAGUAAGAGAACUUCAUGAAGGAGUAUGUGGCACACACCUAGAGGGAAAAACCCUAGCUUGGAAACUCGUGAGGCAUGGGUACUACUGGCCCACUAUUGUUGAGGAUGCAAAAAGUUAUGUCAAAAAGUGUCCAACCUGCCAAUUCAACGCUAACGACAUUCACAUGCCAGCGCUCAGGCCAUUUUGUAAUGAUUACGGCAUUGAGCUCACUCUGACAUCCAUCUACACUCCACAGUCAAAUGGACAAGCAGACUCAGCUAAUAAAAUCAUUUUGUGCGGCCUCAAAACACGUGUCUUACCUGCGCACUCUAAUUGGGUUGACGAGCUCAACAAAGUGCUUUGGUCAUGUCAUACUUCACCUAGCUCAGCUACAGGAGAAACCCCAUUCUGCCUUGCCUAUGGAGUUGAGGCCGUAAUUCCUGUAAAAAUCAGCUUGUUGCCUGAUAGAUUAGAUCGGCAUAACAAUUCUAAUAAUGAGCAACUCCCAAGAGAAAACCUAGACCUUGUGGAGGAGGUAAGGGAGAUGUCUUGGAUGAAAAACAUGGCCUAUCAGAAUCGGGUUGCUAGAUUUUACAAUAAACGAGUACGUGCUCGUCAAUUUCAGGCCAGCGACUUGGUUUUAUGCAAGGUCGAACUCAGUACUAAUUAUUUACACAUGGGCAAGCUUGCACCGAACUGAGAAGGUCCUUACAUGGUUGUUCAUAUAAAACGACCUGGGUUUUAUUUGUUAGCAGAUUCACAAGGUCAUCAAUUACCGUUUACUUGGAAUAUACACAAUUUUAGGGAAUAUUACAGUUAGUGUAUAUUAUCAUGUAAUAUACUUAGAAAAUGUAAAAAUGCAUACAAAGUUCAAUGAAUACAGAAAUUUCAU